CCCAGUGAGUUAGGUUGGAUUUGUGUUUUCCUAACCCAUUAAGUUUUACCCCGAAUUAUUUUACGAAUAAACAAUGAGAUUGAGUUUGACAAAACUCAACCCAUUGCCAUCCCUAAUUACCAUCCUAGACAAAUUGAAGCUGUCGGUCAGAUCGUGGGCUGGAAAUUGGUGGAUGGGUAAUGAAAUAGCCCAUGGUCUAGUCCAUUUAAAUGUGGGCUGGAAUCAGACAGUCCAAUGGGUUAAUGGCGUCCUCUUAAUUAACUUGUUAGCCUGACUCUGAUUUUGGCGAUUCAGCCAGUUGACCUUCUAAUCUAUGAGCUCCGAAGCAGGUUUGUAUAAUAAUUCAUACAUGACAAAUCUAGGGAGAUGGCAGAGGAGAGAGGGAAAGUUGAAAGCACAGAGCUAGGCGGGCGGCGGCGGUAGUGAGAGCGAAUCCUUCUCCAGAUAAGAUAUGGAAAAAAGCAGAUUCACAAACGGGAACCAUUCAACUCUACCGCUCUACGACUUCCUAUAUAUUAUCUAAGUGAGGGACUGUGGGAUCUGCUCCAUCGAAGGAUUUAGCGGCUCGGGUCAGCGAGAGGCAAGUCUUUCUGCGAGUCUUCCUUGAGAAAAUUCACUGCUUUCUUGCAUCAUUUUAUUCGAUUUGGAGGUUAAAGCACUUGUCUUUACUGUGGCUCUGUUUGUAUGGAGUCCCUGUCUCCAGUUCCUUCCUUCUGGAGGGGCUGUUUGAAGUUCAAACAGAAUUGUGUUCGACAUUCAUUCAUUCAUUCCUUCUGUUUUGUUUAUUUCUUCUUCCUUGUAGUAAAGGAAACUGAUGCCUUCUCUUGUUUGCCUAAGAUUCUGUGUCUCUUACCCGUUGAUUUAAUUUGUAGGUGGAAAUCGGAGCGAUCCUUGUUGAAAGUUUCUAGCUUUUCAUAUCAUCUGCGUGAUGUACAGAUUUGAUCCACCCAACAACGUUUGUAGCUCGGAGAAGGUAUGGAUCUGCUGCUUCUGUUUUCCAUCAUGAUAAUUACCGUCCCGUUUGCUUAUUAUGUAAAUCAAAAGCUUUGUUGAGGUUUCCUGCGCUCAUUGGCUGUCUAUUUCUACUGUGCAUAUAGGUUAAAGAGGAAGCUAUUUCCAUGGAUCAUAUAAGCACAUUGCCCCAUGCGCUUCUUGUGGAGAUUUUGUCCCGCCUGACCUUAAAAGAAGCAGCUAGGACAUCAAUCCUCUCCGUGACUUGGGUUGAUUUGUGGAAAUUUGUUCCAAACUUGGACUUCGACGUUCCAAAGAUGAGGCAGUGCAUCUGGGAAAAUUAUUGGAAUUCAGGGGAUAUGGAGCCCGUGCUUUUCGAAAGGUGGAGGUACAUUGAAUGGGUUAAUAGGGUCUUGACACACUACCAGGGUCGGAAAGUGAACAACUUUCACGCCUGUUUCAACAUUCAUAAUGAAUCCAAUGCCAAUGGUGACAUCGAUAGGUGGUUGGACUUUGCAAUCUCAAAAAGAGUUCAGAAGCUCAAGCUGGACUUUGACCGGUAUGGUGAUACCAGUUGGGAUGCUUCAGGGUGCUAUAUUUUCUCGGAACGCUGUUUCAAACAUAUGAAAACCCCUGAGGGUUUAUCGGAUAUUCGGUACCUUCAGUCCUUGUGUUUGGCUUUCGUUGAUGUGAGCGAUGAGAUCCUUGAGCAUUUCCUUUGCAAUUGUCCUCUACUGGAGAAGUUAGCCGUCCAACAUUCCCAUGGUUUAGUAAGGUUUGAAGUUGCUGCUGGCUUGUCGUCACCACUGCCGUUGAAGCACUUGGAAGUAGUCCAUUGUAAGAAUCUAAAGGAGAUUGAAAUCGAUGCGCCUAAUCUCACCUACUUCAAGUUGGAUGGUCGGUUUCCAGAUGGCAUUGAUCUUCGAAUGGAAAAUAUAUCGUCGCUUACCGGAUUGGACUUGUACAACAUGAUUGAUCCAGGUCCUGUUUUCCUUCCUCGAGCAAAGUUUGCACGGCUGGAGACCCUCACUUUUAUGUUUGACGCGCGUAAAGCCAAGUUUCCCAGGUCGAUUGAGGAGUUGACGUCCCUUAAGCAGCUGACUGUUUAUGUGCUCGGUUCUGAUAGGAACGAGAUUCGUGGUCUGCUCCCCGUGAUAAAUGCUUGUCCUUCAUUGUACCAACUGUCGGUUCGGAUGGACACCGACGAAGAAAAGGAUAGCUCCUGCCGCAUUUGGGGUGGGAGUGAGAUGGAGGAGAUGCACAGGGAGAGCAUCAAAGUGGUGGAGGUUAGUGGGUUUGCUGGUAGCGCAGCUACCUAUACAGGGCGUUGGUUCCUGGACUAUGCGCUGCGGAACUUUGUGACGCUUGAGAAAUUGAUUCUCGAUAGUCGCACAUGCACUAGUACUGGACGCAUAUUUAACGCCCCGAGAGUGCAAGCUGAAGUUGCAGUCGCGUGCAUUCAGAUGUUGAAAUCUAGACUGCCCUCAACCGUUGAGCUUGUUAUCCCCGUUAGUUAAUUUACUGCUAUUCCAUGGCUUGGUUUUGGUUUGUGUUUUACAUGUUCAUGAGUGAGUUAACUUAUCCUAUACAGCUGGCCCUGUACUUCAGUUUAGACAAGCUGUGAUUUGUAACAUUUAUAGGACUGAAUCAGGUCAUAGAAUGAAGGGGGUUGUUUGGACGUUCUGAACUAUUCCGUAGAAUGCAUCAUUGUUUCCAGACUUCCGUCUGUGUUAGAGAUUCUGACUUUCCUCUGCUCUACAAUCUAUCCCCACAUGUCAUCGUCUUAUACUCGUGAACAUAACCAUUUUACAUAAAACAUUAUGGCCAAUCAAUUUUCGCACAAUUUAAUCAAAUUCUGGCGACUAAUUCUGCAAUUUCAUCAACCGCCCAAUGUGUGCAAGAAACCGUAUUAUUACAACCAAUGCAUCGCAUCAUUACCAAGAAGACACUAUAUCAAUGCUAACAGUACACUACUCAUUUCCUUAUUACAAAGGCACAUCAUCACUAACCUAAAAACACCGCAGCUCAAACAGUGCCAGCACCUCCUGGAAGGCUGCAACUAUCGGUGGAGGCUCUCGGUUUCGGACACAGUGGCGCCACCUCAGUGCCACUACCUCCUCCGAUGUGGCUUUCGUACUGGGGACACAAUCGAUGACCUCCAAGACUACUUUCUGUGCACAAGUUUGACAGUCUUCUUUGGAAACAUAGGCUCUGCACUGAAUGAGACCAUAAGCUGCAGCAUUUGGGAUUGGCCUGCAGAGGUAAUAUAGUAACCUGUAGCAGUAAGUAACAUCAGGGUCUGGUUCAGGUGGACCUGCACUGUCUUCCUUAAGACUUGUGCAAGUCAACAGCAGAAUUUUAAGAUCGGAUCUGUUCCCAUCAGUCUUCAUCAAACCAAUUUUUACUGUGUAGCGUCCGGGCCAAAUAGCAUUAAACCAGAGCACACAAACAGUCCAGAUCAAACAGAUAUCUCUAGUGGAGGUAAGAGAUAGCAAGGAACCAUCUACAGUGCCUAGCAAGUUGCUUAGGUACUCAACAGAUCCACGAACUUGUUCAUUGACAAUGGUAUUCUCUUUGUGAUAGUGGCUUGCAAUGUACGAAAUCCCUUGAACUUGGUUAGCAGGUAUAAGUUAGAAAGAGAAAUAAUAGGCAGCUCAAAAAGGAAAAGAAUUUUAGUGGCCUCCAACAAGCUGACGCAAGCAAAAAAGAUUCCUUGUCAGCAGCAGAGUGAUGCCACCCAAAUCCCCUUGGGUGGCUGAAAAAACAUCUGGAACAGCAGAAUCAUACAAGUCUAAAUCUGUAUCUCAGUGCUCUUCGAUAGUACUUUGGUGGUUUUAUCUCCUAUUCAAUGAUCAAAUUUUGUUUAAGUGGGUUGCUCCAAGAAGGUGACAAUUAUAUGUUUUUUCUGGAAGACUCACACUUGCAAAUCUGUGGAAAAGAAAAUACCUGCCAGGUCUCAAGAUGGCAUUAUAUAAGCUGAUGUUCUGUAGAGGUGGAGAGCUACCACUUGGAGUAACGGGGAUUAACCUAGCAUAAGUUGAUGUAUCACCUCUCUAUGAUGAAGCAAUAAGAGGCAGUAGAGAAACCCUGCUAAGCUUUACUCAAGGAUAUAACUUGAUUCUGAAGAAAUUUCCAAUUUCUUCCUUCACGUAAACCCGUUUACACAUAUUGGUCCUAGCUGGACACCUAUACUUAUAUAGAGGUUGACUCAUCCAACCACACCCCACUUCACCUAGCUUCUGAUGCUGGCCAUAGUAAAAUUGUCAAGGCUUUGUUGAGUGCAGGGGUCGCCGAUGCUUGCAUGGAUCGGAUGAAGAUGGCAGGAUACCUCUUCAUUUUUCUGAAACAGAGUUCAUAUCAUCAAAGAACUGGUCAGUGACAGGCCUGAAUAUGUGUAGAUGAAGCUAGAGAACGAUUACAAGUCUUGAAUGAGAAGGCAAAGGAACGAAAGAAAAGACAUGCCUAACU